AUGCUAUGCCAGCAGGCAAGCCUCAUGUGUGCUGUACAGAUUCUGAAGCAAACUGAAAGAGAAGCUGCAGCUGAACGUGUGCAGCAGCAGCUGGGACUGGAUGAGUCAGAGUACUUUGCCCUCCCUCGGCACAUCAGAAAAGCUGCUGUGUCUGGAGGGGUGCAAGCCAUGGUUGAGGCUGGCUACACACGUGACGAUGCUCUGUUGAGAUUCCAUGACAGCCACGGUGGCGUCCCCUGGCACCAGCAGCACGUGUUUGUGGCGGCUACGCUGCCGUCCAGGGGCGGGAAGAGUGUUGCUGCAGACAUCAGGGAAUUGUUCCCCCAGGCUGUCUGGAUCACGAGCCAGAAUCUGCACAGGCCCAUUGACUUGGUCACUCACCAGUGGGUACAGGUGUCUGCUGAGGAUUGCCGUGCUGUGCUACAGUCUGCGGUCCAGGACGAUCCUGACCACAAGAACGGAAGGGGUAGGACUCUUGUGUUUGCAAAGGACGUUGCCGCCUCGAAGGGCGUUGCAAAUGUUCUGGAAAGCGCAGGAAUCGGCUGCGUGCUGUACCAUAGCAAAAUGCCAGCUUUCGAACGUGAGAAGAGGCUGGAAGAAUUUAGCGGGCGCCAGGGGGGUGUCAUGGUGUGCUCAGAUGCCGCCUCCAGAGGUUUAGACAUACCUGAGAUCACACACGUCGUCCAGGCAGACUUUGCUGCUUCUGCAAUGGAUUUUUUGCACAGGAUUGGCAGGACGGGCCGAGCUGGGAAGGCCGGCAGGGCGACGUCUCUGUACACAGAAGAAAAUGCGGCGCUGGUCGACGUCAUCAAGGGUGCGAUUGCUAGAGGGCAGCCGAUCGACGGAGCUUUCAGUCGGAGGAGAUCGUUCAGAAGAAAACUCAAGCGUUAUGGUCGGUAUGUUCCAAGGGGCGAAUUGGCAGCGGAUCAUGAAGAACUCUCAUCCAAGUCGUCCUGA